UUCCGUUUUCCGUAUCCUCUGUGUAGAUUUGCAGAAGAAAAGAAGAGAAACUCUCAAAGCCUUUAAUUAUCAAUCUUCCCUUUCUCUCUUCAACAGUUUGCAGCAAACAUGGUGUACCCAAGUGAUCAAUCAAGGGAAGCAUCUCCACAGAGGAAAACUGGUAGGGGAAAGAUCGAGAUCAAGCGGAUCGAAAACACCACAAAUCGCCAAGUUACCUUCUGCAAGAGGAGAAAUGGUUUACUCAAAAAGGCCUAUGAAUUAUCAGUUCUUUGUGAUGCAGAAGUUGCCCUGGUUGUCUUCUCCAGCCGCGGCCGCCUCUAUGAGUAUGCCAACAAUAGUGUGAGAGGAACAAUUGAGAGGUACAAGAAGGCAUGUGCAGAUACCUCCAAUAGUGGUUCGGUUGCUGAAGCUAAUGCUCAAUUCUACCAACAAGAAGCUGCGAAAUUGCGCCUGCAAAUCUUGAGCUUGCAAAAUACAAACAGGAACAUGCUAGGUGAGUCAUUGAGUUCAUUGACCAUGAAGGAACUUAAAAGCUUGGAGGGUCGCUUGGAGAGAGGAAUCAGCAGAAUCCGUUCCAAAAAGAAUGAGCUGCUGUUUGCAGAAAUCGAGUAUAUGCAGAAGAGGGAAAUUGACUUGCAUAAUAACAACCAACUCCUCCAAGCAAAGAUAGCUGAGAAUGAGAGGAAGCAGCAUAACAUCAAUUUGAUGCCUGGAGAAGCUAACUGUGAGAUCAUGCAUCCACAGCCAUUCGAUUCCCGAAACUACUUUCAAGUGAAUGCAUUACAACCUCCCAAUGAGUACUCCCACCAGGACCAGAUGGCUCUUCAGUUAGGGUAAAGAAUUAGCACCUUCCGUCAUGUCUGUUUAACGUGGAGUGCAUUAGUAUGUGCUGUAGUAUUUUCAUCAGAAGAAAGCGACAGGUAUGCUACAUAAGGCAGGAAGCACUUUCCUCUUGCAGAGGAUCAAGGUAGAUUGUUCUAAGACUGAUAAUUAAGUUUGUUUAUCUGAUAUGAAUUUUAUAUUUAAUAAUUUUUAUGUUUAGUGUGUGAGGUGAAGUUCCUGUGUGAUUAACCUUGAUGACGUGUGAUAUAGCUUCUCCAUGUAGUAAUAUAAGCUUGCAUGCUUG